AUGGGCGCUUUCGGCAACAGUGCAUACGGAGCCCGUGGCCGAAUCGUCAAGUUCUCCUUCAUCAUUUCGGCACUCAUUUCUAUUGUAAGUUCUAGAAAUGCUGAAAAAUUUUAUUACCGAUUCAAAAAUUUUCGACUUAUUUUAUUGACGUCUCGUCAGCAUUAGUGAAGCACAAUGGCACAGACUUGCCAAAUCCCGGGCCGGCCCGGCGGGCCGGGCCAGCAAAUCGUCGGCCCGGCUCCGCCCACUCUUGAGAAAAUUUUCGUAAUUUUUGUGAAAAUUUUGCGACUUUAAACAGCAAUUUCUAUUUUUUAACAGGUUUUUAUGCUAUAACAUUGCCUUUUUAAAGGGGGAAAUUUAAAUCUAUAAAAUUAUGUUCGUUUCGAAGUUCUAGUUCGCUUUGAAUUUUUAGGUGCAUCCUCCCGGGCCGACCGGGCCGGGCCGGAAAAUUUCCAAUUUUGGCCCGGCCCGGCCCGGCCCGGCCCGUUGCAAGUCUGCAAUGGCAAUAAUAAUUGUUCGUAAUGAAGGAUGAUCACUAGAAGAGACGCAGACAGGCAAAAAAAAAAGUGAAAAGCGAUUUGUUUGAGCAGAUAUUUCGGAGGAGGAACUAAAAAUAAUAAAGGAACUUUGUCGCCUGUUGCAAAAGAAAUUCGAGUGGUUUUUGAACGAGUUUCGUCUCGAAGGCGCAAGCGAGUUCUCAAUAGAGCGCGCCACGGUCUCCCAGGGUGCUAAUGCUAAACACAGUGCGCUCGUAAAUUGCGGAGUGUCGUUGUAACUUUAAAAAAAAUUUGCAGGUCUAAAAAUUCAGUUCAAUUCGAGUUUACGACCUUUAUUUCUUUCUUUUUGACUUGAAAAACGUCUAGAAAACAAUUGUUUACUGAUUGGAAACCGUUCUUUACAGAAUUUAGAGUUUUUCAUGUUCUUAGCGUCUUUAUCGCAUUUCGUCAAAACUUCAAACCUUUAUAUUUCAGCUCAUUUUGCAUUUCAUGAGCCCAACGAACGAUAAAAAUGUUCGCUGAAUCUUUCUUCACAAAAUUCAGGUUCCGGCGGUUAGUUUUCUUGAGCAGUUUUCGAAAACUUUUCGAAAAACAUCAAAAUCCAGGCCAAAACCUUCAAAUCGAAAUAACUCGGCUAAUUCCACAACGAUAUGCGAGAUUUCUGUUACCAAAACGUAGCUAGUGCUCUAAUUAUUCGAAUCCAGGUUCCAAGCGUACAAAAAAAUAGGUGUAUUGUACAGAAAACAUGGAAAGAACGCGAACUCCAGUUGAAAAUAAAUUACUCGGCCGCCGCGUAAAUCGACACCGCCCGCCUGUUGCAAGUGCGCCCCAUUGAAAUCAUUCGCGCCGAGGGAGACCGUGCGCGCUUCGAACUGAAAAUCGCUGCUUUCUCAAUUAUCUCUCUUUAAACUUUGACAUUUCGUUCGUUCGUCGAGAGUCGAGCGCUAAACGGGGCAGAUUCGUUCAGAAUUGACCGACUACUCACACUUUCAAAAUAAGCACCGAAAAACGGCAGUUUCGAUGCGCGCGAGCAGAGUUGAUUGCAGAAAAUCGCCAAACGCGUUGCGACGAGAUAGAGCGUUUCAUUGCGCAUCUUUUGCGCGCUCAAACGUCGGACGCCAUUCUAGGCCAUGCUCCGAUGAAAAAAUCUGAGAAAGCUAUGUAUUGUGCGGAAGUUUGAAAAUCAAUGAAAAUUGAGCAAUAGAACAUCACAAAAAUGCCGUGUUUCAGCUGUUUUCGGUGGCGUGUGCGUCGUUCGGGAUCUGGCUCCUGGCCCGGCGGUCCCAGUACGCGGAGCUCGUCUCUCCGUCUCUGUACGUCGACGUCGGCCGCAUUCUCGUCAUCAUCAGCAUCCUCUCCAUCAUUGUCCACCUCAUCGCAUUCUACGCCAUCGCCAAGGAAAUGCGAUGUAUUGUCACUUCGGUAAGAGAUUUCACAAUUUUUUUUUACUGUUUUAGCAUUUGUUGAGCAGUUUUUUGGAAGAAUUCACGACAGAACCGAAAAAAAAAAUUAGCAAUCUAAUUAGGCCCGGUUAGAAACGCGAAUUAGCCAGCUAGAUUGCAAACGAUUUACCUGAGUACCCGUAGAGAUAUCAAAAGAUGGUCAACUGUUAAAAUGUGCGACAUUUAUCAAGGAACAUAUUAUUAGAUGACAGCUUUUUGAUUUGAAUGAACAGUAUUUUAGGUUGCCUAUUAAAGUUAACAAAACCUGAAAAAAUUCACUGUUUUUCAGUGCGCCGUGGCAUCGGUCGUAAUUGCCGUGAUGCUGAUCAUCGGCGGACUGAUCGGACUGAACUUCCGUGAUCAGCUGACUCAUUACACGCCGCUCAACCUAAAAAUGCUCACUUCGCUACGGGAACUCUACGGAACGCACGAUAUGAAGGGAAUCACCGAAUCGUGGGAUGCACUUCAGUCGAAUGUGCGUUUUCGAGAUUUCGAGACAAAAAUUCCAGGCAAACAUGUUUUGCAAUUUACAGUUCAAAUGUUGUGGUGUGAACGGAACGGAUGAUGCGCAGAUUUGGAAGACGUCAAAGUGGUACAUGCAUCAAAAGGCACCGAAAAGCCUCAUUCCAGAGUCUUGGUAAGCUUUUUUUUUCUGUUUUUCAACAUUUUCCGCGGUUCUCCGGCGUUUCGCAACUCGACGCUUCCCACGUGAACUUUGACAGUGCAAUUUAUCGCUAAGUAGUUCACGUUUGUUGCGAAACGUCGCGGUUUCAAAAUUUCGUGUUGCGAAACGAAAAAUGAAGUGAAAAUCUGAGCAAUCUAGAAAAAAACGUAAACGUUGCAGUUGCAUUCCGUCGCAAAUCGAUCGAUGUCGGGCGAAUCCGUUCGACGGCGAGCCCUCGUAUUACACGAAAACGUGCUACGAGCCGCUUCAAAACGAUCUGCUCCACGUCAUGAACGUCGCCUCGUGGCUCUGCAUCGCCAACGCUAUUGUACAGGUAGGCACAGCUGUGUGUUUCUCGAGAAUUCAAAAUUCAGCAAAAUCUGACAACAUGAAUGUGUUCCCGGCCCAGGUUUUUCAAUGGCUUUUUGAGGCGUGGCCUUUUUGUCCCACAGACCAAUACUUUGAUUAUAUUUUAAAAAAAUUUUUUGCAGAUAAUUCCAUCGGUGGCCAGUUGCUGGUACUCUCGACUCAUUCGAAAAUAA